AUGACGACCAUAGAAGGGCAAGAUAGAGUCUUGGCAACGGCUCAACAAAUUGUCAAGAGCCUAAACAUCAAUACCAAAGCAACCGAGGAUAUGAUCUUGAUUCUCUCCAGUUUUGAUAAUCGGUUGUCUAACAUCACCGAUUUGAUGGAGGGAGGUGCCGGUGAUCGGUUUGUGUCAGCAGAGAAGAUUAUCCUCCGGCAUGAUUCAGGUCUCGGUGAACCUUCGUCCAGGAGCUCUUCGCCAUGGGAAGAGUCGUCUACAGAAGCUGCUGAGUAUUUGGAAGCUGUUGACACGAUUAUCCAGUUAACGGAAGACCUCAAUAUCCAGUCCGAUGCCGACAGCGAGAUCAUGGAUCGAGCUGAAAACGCGCUCCAGUUAGCUAUGUCGAGGCUGGAAGAUGAGUUUCUUCAUAUUUUGAUCCGUAACACAGUCCCUCUUGACAUAGAUCGACUCUAUGGAUCGAUCCGCAAGGGUUCAUUCUCGUUUCCGUCAAACGGGAUUGAAAUUGGGGACGAUUUUGAAAGUUACAGAGAAGAUGAAGAUGGUGGGAGCGGAAGUGGGUAUCAUCACGAAAGAGGCCCGAGCUUAGGUGGUGAUGUUUUCGUCGAUUUGAUCCAUCCUGAAGCAAUCAAGGAGCUGAAAGCCAUCGCCGAUCGGAUGAUUAGGUCCGGCUAUGAAAAAGAGUGUUGUCAGGUUUACAGUAACGUCCGGCGUGAUGUCUUAAACGAGUGUUUAUCCAUUCUAGGAGUUGAAAGGCUUAGUAUCGAAGAAGUACAGAAGAUUGAAUGGAAAAUUUUGGAUGAGAAAAUGAAGAAAUGGAUUCAAGCGAUUAAAAUCGUGGUCAAGGUUCUCCUAUUUGGGGAAAAACGAUUAUGCGAACAAGUAUUCAGCGAAUCCGAACUUAUCAAAGAAAUCAGUUUCGUUGAAACAACAAAAGGAUGUGUGAUGCAGCUGUUGAAUUUUGGGGAAGCAGUUGCAAUUGGGCAAAGAUCUUCAGAAAAACUCUUUCGAAUUCUCGACAUGUAUGACGCAGUUGCAGAUGUUUUCCCUGAUUUCGAAUUUCUUUUCACUUAUGAAUCUGGAGAAUUAGUCUGCAACGAGGUGAAGGUGGUUUUAACCGGAUUAGGUGAAGCAGCCAUUGGAACAUUCAUCGAGUUCGAGAACGCUGUAAAGGGUGAAAACUCCAAAAGAGCUUUACUGGGUGGCGAGAUUCAUCCAGUUACACGUUAUGUCAUGAACUACAUCAAGUUACUGGUGGAUUAUAGCGAUUCUCUAAACACCCUUCUACCCAACACUCAAGAACAUGAUCCGAUUUCAAAAGAACUUGAUGACAUCGACAGCGGUGAUACUCUCUCCCCUAUUUCUUGCCGAUUACUAUCUCUAAUCACUACUUUAGAAGCAAAUCUUGACGAAAAAUCAAAAUUAUACGAUGAUAUCGCACUUGGAUACAUAUUCUUGAUGAACAACAUCCUUUACAUCGUUCAAAAAGUAAAAAACUCAGAGCUUCGAAACCUUCUUGGGGACAGAUGGAUUCGGAAACAUCGAGGGCAGAUUCGUCAAUGGCACACAAGCUAUCUGAGAGCAGCAUGGGGGAAGGCGUUGUUGUGUUUGAAAGACGAAGGCGGGAUUGGUGGGGGAUCAAGUAGUGCAUCGAAGUUGAUUUUAAAAGAGAAAUUCAAGAACUUUAACGCGUGUUUUGAAGACAUUUACAGGGUGCAAUCACUUUGGAAAGUUCCAGAUGAUCAAUUACGUGAAGAGCUUCGAAUAUCGAUAUCUGAGAAAGUUCUUCCUGCAUAUCGUGCGGAGGCCUACUGUUUUGAACAACAUAAAAAGAAAAGGUACAUAAAGACUGUUGUUAACAGGGUUUGGGCUGAAGGUGUUGCACUAAAAUCAUGUUAUGAGUUAUUGGAUUUGGUUUUGGUUUUUUAA